AUGUCCUCAUCAAAUUUAGCAGUGCUCAAUGCUCUUGACACUGCUAGGACACAAUGGUACCAUGCCACUGCAGUAAUCAUCGCUGGUAUGGGAUUUUUCACCGAUGCUUACGAUCUUUUUUGCAUCUCCGCCGUGUCGAAACUCCUCGGCCGCCUUUAUUACUAUGAUCCGACCACCGGAACUCCUGGCAAGCUACCAACAAAUGUUAACAAUGCGGUUACUGGUGUAGCCCUAGUUGGAACACUAAGUGGCCAAUUGGUCUUUGGUUGGCUUGGUGACAAAAUGGGCCGCAAGAACGUUUACGGUCUCACUUUGAUUAUCAUGGCGAUUUGCGCUAUUGGCUCAGGUAUAUCCUUUGGAUCAUCAGCCAAAUCAGUGAUCGGCACUCUUUGUUUCUUCAGAUUUUGGCUAGGGUUUGGCAUUGGUGGUGAUUAUCCACUUUCCGCAACGAUAAUGUCGGAGUAUGCAAACAAGAAAACUCGUGGGAAAUUUAUAGCUGCAGUGUUUGCUAUGCAAGGAGUAGGAAUUAUUUUCGCCGGGCUAGUGUCGCUAAUUCUUUCUGGAAUUUUUCUUGCUGGUUAUCGUGCUGUACCAUUUAGUAGAGAUCCAAUACUGUCUACACAGCCUCAGGCGGAUUUUCUAUGGAGAAUAGUUCUAAUGCUUGGUGCUUUACCUGCCAUAUUAACAUACUAUUGGCGGACGAAGAUGCCCGAGACCGGUCGCUACACUGCUCUAAUUGAAGGGAAUGCUAAAAAAGCUGCGGUCGAUAUGGGAAGGGUUCUUGAUAUUGAUAUCCAAGACGAACCAGACAAGUUGUCCGAGAUCAAGGCCUCAAAUAGCUACCAGCUACUAUCCAGGGAGUUUUUUGACCGGCAUGGAUAUCACUUGAUAGGUACAAUGAGCACAUGGUUCUUGUUGGAUAUAGCAUUCUACAGCCAAAAUUUAACACAAAAGGACAUAUUUCCAGCCAUGGGAUUAACGAAACCAGCUGUUGAUGUUAGUGCUCUAGAGGAAGUCUACGAGACCUCGCUUGCCAUGUUCAUUGUUGCAUUACUUGGCACAUUCCCCGGUUACUGGUUCACCGUCUUCUACAUUGAAAGUCUAGGCCGGUUUUUCAUCCAGCUCAUGGGAUUUAUCAUGAUGUCGGCCUUCAUGUUGAUUAUGGGGAUUUUUUAUGAAGACCUUAAAGAACAUAAGAAGUGGCUAUUUGCACUUCUCUAUGGCCUAACAUUUUUCUUUGCCAAUUUCGGUCCAAAUAGCACAACCUUUGUGCUUCCGGCCGAGUUGUUUCCAACCCGACUCAGAUCAACCUGUCACGCAUUCAGCGCUGCGGCGGGAAAGGCCGGAGCAAUGAUUGGGGCAUUUGUGGUUCAAUCUUAUACCGUGGAUGAGAAUGUUAAGAAAAUAAAAUAUGCUUUGUUGACUCUGUCAUUUACCAAUAUGCUGGGGGUUUGUUUCACAUUCUUCUUGUCCGAGACCAAAGGUAAGUCUUUGGAGGAGAUAUCCGGUGAAGACGGUGGUCGGAAUAGUACCAGUACUGCUGCUAGACGCUUAGCAAGUUGGCAAGGCCAACAUAGGGAAGUUAUAUGA